CUGCAUCCACUACAAAGGCCAAACCAAGGAGCAUUGGAGAAACCGACCCAUCACACCGUCUCCCAGCGACCCUAAAAAAAGCAGCCAAUCCUCUCCGCCCAGCGCACGCUCUCGCUUUCCGACGCGCGUACGGACGGUCGGACACUCCAAGCGGGCGUCGCGUCGCGUCGAACACCUCGCUCCCGACACAGCCCGCCGGCGAUGAAGCCCCCCGGCCGCCGCGGCCUCCUCUUCGCCGGCGCGUGCGCGCUCCUGCUCGCCGCGUUCUACCUGGUGGCCGCGCUCGUGACGACGCCGCUGGCGCCGUACCUACUCCCGCCGCUGGCCCUGUCGCUGCCGUGCCUGCCGGCGGUCGCGGCGCCGGCCGGAUCCGGGUACGGCGCGCCGGGCUUGGCCGCGCUGGCGGACGCCGCCGUCGAAUACGCCACCACGGGGACCGUGCCGCAGCAGUCGCGGGACGAGAUCUCGCUGUCGCUCGCCGUGCUCCGCCGCCGCGCGCCGCUGCGGCUGCUGGUGUUCGGCCUGGGCCACGACUCCAGGCUCUGGCACGCGCUCAACCCCAGCGGCGCCACCGUCUUCCUCGAGGAGGACCCCGCGUGGUACCGCGUCGUGCGCGCGCGGUCGCCGUUCCUCCGCGCGCACCUCGUCGCCUACCGCACGCGCCUCGACCAGGCCGACCGCCUCCACGCCACCUACAAGGACUACCCGGCUUGCCUCCCCGGCUCCGGCGGCAACGGAACCCUGCGCGUGCGCGGCAACUGGGCGUGCCCGCUGGCGCUGCACAACCUGCCGCCCGAGGUGUACGAGACCGAGUGGGACAUGUUCAUGAUCGACGCCCCCAAGGGGUACUUCGCGGCGGCGCCGGGGAGGAUGGCGGCGAUAUGGACCGCGGCGGCCUUGGCGCGCGCGCGCCGCGGCGAGGGGGACACCGACGUGUUCCUGCACGACGUGGACCGGAGGGUGGAGAGGACGUUCGCAGAGGAGUUCCUCUGCGACAAGUACAGGGUGGGUGGGACCGGCCGGCUGUGGCAUUUCAGGAUUCCGCCGGUUUCUCGGCGCGGGGAUGCGAAGGCGGCCGCCGGUGGCCGGAGACCGUUCUGUUAAUCAAGGUGGUAAUGGUACGUUCUCAUCUGGUGUUUCUGCCCCUAUUUGGAUGGGGGCAUAACAGGAAAAGCAGAUGGGUAUUGGGUAUACCCGGUACUCUCUGCCCUGCAGUUCAAAUUGAUAUUUCGAACAAGAGCGGAGGAUCGGAAUCCCGAGAAUUAGCAGUCUUAUGACAUUAUUGACAUGGAGCAUGUCUGUUUUGUAAUGUACUUCUCGUAAGUGAUAUCACAUUUUCAAUGUUGAUUAGUACACUGUUUUAUGGAAUGGAUGAAUACACAUCAGCUCUAACAAUGCAAGUUCA